AUGAUCUGUGCCAACAGCCUCCGUCACCUCAACAACAAUCCGGCAGAGAGGAUCGGUUACCACGAUUGCUUCGCUUACAGAACUAAAAGCCACGAGGAGUUCAACGGAUAUGGUUGCGGAGCCACACUCGCGGCAACCAUGUUUGAUGGAUUCCAUCCCCAGCCAGUGCACUCGUGCUUUGGAGGACUCGCACUUUACAAAGCGGAGCCCUUCAUGAGGUGUAACUACGAUGCAAGCGUGUAUGACUGUGAGCACGUGCCCUUUCACUGGUGCAUGCGCGAACAUGGCAGUGACGGCCGCAUGUUCAUGGACCCUUUGCUGACAACGCUCUACGAUAAUAACAUUCCGCAGAAGUGUGCAGUGAUGACGCCGAGGAAUGAGCUGAGACCAGCCGGCCUGCAGCAUCUGAAGAUUGACCGGUAG